AUUCUCCCUGGAUGUCGCCACUAAAUUUUCUGAAAACGAAAGUCAAUUUCUUGCCCUUCAAAGUCAUCUAAUAAUGCAUGACAAGAAGUGCUUACGUUAGCAGACUGACUGCUGCAUGAUUUGGUGAAUAUUUUACUCUCAACAACUAACAAGGGAAGCAGCCUCUGUCAACGUUAUGUCGUUCUUCAAUAAAAUAUUCGAUGGCGUGGGGGAGAUGUUGAAGAAUGUCACAUCAAGUACGACUCCUUACACUGUUGAUGAUGUGAAAUCACAGCAGUUUGAACGCUGUGAGGUUGUAUGUAGCGAGGACUGCCUGAAACUUUACAGGAUGCGAGGUGCUCAGCUUGAGGCUGUUUUAUAUCCACCAUCUCCAGGACCCAUUGUGUUCAGUUUAUUUCGGCUGACAGACAUGAAUGCUGCCAUGCAACUCUUCCGAAUCUACACAGGUAAACUCCUGCCUCUGAUUGUGGCCGACAGAAAUCUUGUGAAGAAGAAGACGUUACAGGAGAUGGGUGACACUCUUCGUGAACACCCCACAUGGCUUUGUGCUCACGUUGCAGCGCAUCUUGGACUCAUGGAUUGUUUCAGACACAAUCUUAUUUUACAGCAGAUAAAUUCGCAAGAUUCCCAAUUGCUGGUGACACCUUUACAGGUUGCUAUCCAAGCAGGAAAGUUUGCAUGUGUUCAAGAGCUGCUGACACUCAAUGCCAGGCUUGACAUAGCAGACGCGAAGGGUAAUAAUGUCUUCCACUAUGCUGCCUCUACUGAACCAAGAAUACUAGAGUUUCUAGCUGCAAAAAACAAGAACAUGUUGAACCAACUGAACAUGUAUGGCGAGAGUGCACUCCAUAUGGCGUGUUCGAAUGGGAAGCCAGAAUGUGUGCAAGUAUUACUUAAAUGGGGUGCUGAUCCGAAACUGAAUGCUUCAGAGAGAUUCCCUAUUCACUGUGCGCUCAAGACCAAUAAUGUGAGAUGUGUUGAAACAUUGCUCAGUUGGAAUAGGCAGACAAUUGAGGUGCAAGAUUUGACAUAUGGCGGUCCACCUCUUCACUGGGCCAGGUCCAGACAGGCAGUGAAUUUGUUAGUGGAGAAGAAGUGCAACAUUGAGGCCAAGAACAGGUUUGGUGACACAGCAUUGAACAUCAUGGUGGCCAAGGGGCGACUCGAGUGUGUCCUGGCGCUCUUGAUCAAAGAGGCGAAUACUGACUUCCCGGGAAAGAACGGCAAUGCCCCAAUACACAAUGCAAUUGCUACUGACAACCUUGAUAUGGUGAAAGCACUGAUUGUGUUUGGUGGCGAGAUAAAUGCCAUAAACGAGAGAGGUGAGAUGCCACGACACUUGGCCGCAACAAGCAAAGAAAAGAACAGGGAUUUCAUCCUCCACAUCCUGCACUGUGUGGGUGCAUCUCGAUGCUCGCCAGAUAUGAGAGGCUGCAAUGAUGGUUGCAGUGCCAAGGGUGGCUUCAAUGGAAAGCCAAUUGGGAAGUCCUACCUGCCAAAUGAUGUGAGAAAGCAAUUGUACGAUGAUAUGAUUGGUGCUGCGGCUAUUGCAGCCGCUCUAUGCAAGGGGAAGAUGGCCUCGUCUGAUGCCAUUGGCUUAGACAUGGUGGACGCGUCAACAGCUGAAGGACUUAAGAUUCUCUGCCUGGAUGGUGGUGGGAUACGAGGGCUUGUCCUCAUCCAACUCUUGUUGGCUUUAGAGAAGAAGAUAGGUCGCCCAAUCAAGGACUGUUUUGAUUGGGUUGCUGGCACUAGUACAGGAGGGAUAUUGGCCUUGGGAAUUGUGCAUGGAAAGUCGUUGAGACACUUACAAGGCCUAUACUUCAACAUGAAGGAUGAAGUGUUUAUUGGAAGUCGACCAUAUGAGUCUGAGCCCCUGGAGCGUGUCCUUCGUAAGGAGUUUGGCGAACACACCAAGAUGUGUGAGGUUCAGUACCCAAGGGUGUGUGUGACUGGUGUCCUCGGCGAUCGGCAUCCCGCUGAACUUCACCUGUUUCGAAACUAUGAGCCACCACUGUUGCCUGUCUUCAAGCAUGUGGAUGUGCGGGAGAACCCAAAUGGACCAAAGUUUGACCCGCCACCGUUACCUAAAGACCAGCUGGUGUGGCGUGCUGCACGUUGCAGCGGUGCUGCCCCAACCUACUUCAGAGCCUGUGGACGAUUCUUAGAUGGAGGACUGAUUGGAAAUAACCCAACCUUAGAUCUCAUGACAGAGAUCCAUGAAUGCAAUGUCGCUGCUCAUUCCAAGGGAAGCCCCCACCUUGCAAGACCAAUUGGUUGUGUUGUAUCGCUGGGGACAGGCAGAGUUCCUGUACAUGAAGUAAAAGCGAUUGAUGUGUUUCGACCUGGAGGCAUUAUCGAUGUAGCAAGAACAGCUAUCGGAGCGUCUAAUCUUGGGAACCUCUUGGUCGAUCAGGUAACCAAUGCUGAGGAUCGACCAGUUGAUCGGGCGCGGGCCUGGUGCGGUAUGUUGAACAUUCCCUACUUUCGAUUCAGUCCGCAGCUGACCCAGGACAUCUCCCUUGAUGAGAAGAACACCUCAGUGCUGCUUGGUAUGCUCUGGGAAACGCAAAUCUACAUCUAUAACAAUAGGGAUGGUAUGAGCCAGCUCGCUGAAAUACUCAAACACUAAACAAGAAUUGUUGGAUGGAUACAGUGCCUUGAGAGACAAUUUAUACUCAAGUUGAGGAUGCCAAAAAAUGUGUUAUAAUCAGCUGAUAGUAACACAGACAGACCCUGUGUCCGUCUCUGUGUAUACAUUGUUCGCAAGUGUGGUCAUUCCUCAUUACACCUUGAACUUAGAGUAGUUGGACAGAUUAUAAAAACCAAGGGUCUUUUAUCCAGGAACUUUUUCAAAUUUUCAUCAUUGAGAUUGAGAAGUGUCUACAUGUAUGUCAGUAAAUUAUUGAAGGAUUACUGUGAUAAUCAGUGUAAAAUUGAUCUACUGUUUUAGAAACAACCUAAUUUACCUAAAUAUUUUUACUGGUGCAUAACUGGUGCGUAUUUAAGAGAAAGUUUAUUCAUUUUUUUGCCAUUUCAUUUUAAUGCCAGUCUUUUGGUAUGGAUCAUGUUCAAUUUGGUUAAUUAUUUACACCUUGUGUACGAGGCAUUUGAUAAAAGGGUGCAACGCAAAGAUGAAUGGAAGAAGAGCAAAUUCCGAGGAAAACAGUCUCAGACGCAGAAAUUUAUAUUCCAAUGUCCAUCAGAAUUCAUAUUGGCACACUUCUCAAGUUGAUAUCGGAGGAACUCUCCAUCUAAAGCCAUCUGUUCGUAACAUCUAGUCGACUUUGUGAUUGGCACAGUCUGUUGGUUUAUAAACCAGAACACAGUUCACCGGACAGUGCAUGGCUGGAAAUAUCUAAUGCAUCAGUUGGAGGUCUGCCAAGCUUUAACUGCCCCUUCACUGGGUCAUAUCGUGUUGUGAUUAUCGUACUCUAUUAUCUUCUAUUAGCCUAGAAAUAAAUGACAUAAUGAAA